CUCCUCCUGCCGCCGCGGCCGCUGCCAGAACUCGCCAGUUCAGACCCACCGGGCUGCCCUCCCCUGCCGCUCUCCCCUUGCUGCCCAGGCUCGGAGAGCAGCGCGGCCGCGCAGUUCACAGGUAUUUCUGCUAAGCUGUGCAAGGAACUUCACUAGUUGGAGAUUCACGAUGUUGAAAGCCCUUUUCCUAACUAUGCUGACUCUGGCGCUGGUCAAGUCACAGGACACCGAAGAAACCAUCACGUACACGCAAUGCACAGAUGGAUAUGAGUGGGAUCCUGUAAGACAGCAGUGCAAAGAUAUUGAUGAAUGUGACAUUGUCCCAGACGCUUGCAAAGGUGGAAUGAAAUGUGUCAACCACUACGGAGGAUACCUCUGCCUUCCUAAAACAGCCCAGAUUAUUGUCAAUAAUGAGCAACCUCAGCAAGAAACACCCGCUGCGGAAGGCGUGGGUGCAGCGGCCAAUGCAGCCGCCUCGUCAGGGACGGGCGCUGGGGGCGUGGCAGCCACGGGCAUGGCAGCCAGUGGAGUGAUGCCCGGGGGCGGCUUCGUGGCCAGCGCUGCUGCAGUUGCAGGCCCCGAAGUGCAGACUGGCCGAAAUAACUUUGUCAUCCGGCGUAACCCAGCUGACCCUCAGCGCAUCCCCUCCAACCCUUCUCACCGGAUCCAGUGUGCAACAGGCUACGAGCAGAGUGAGCAUAACGUGUGCCAAGAUAUAGACGAGUGCACUGCAGGGACUCACAACUGCAGAACUGACCAAGUGUGCAUCAAUUUACGAGGCUCCUUCACCUGUCAGUGCCUCCCGGGGUACCAGAAGCGAGGAGAGCAGUGUGUAGACAUAGAUGAAUGCACCAUCCCUCCAUAUUGCCACCAAAGAUGUGUGAACACACCAGGAUCAUUUUAUUGCCAGUGCAGUCCUGGAUUUCAGUUGGCCGCAAACAACUAUACCUGCGUAGAUAUAAAUGAAUGUGAUGCUAGCAAUCAAUGUGCUCAGCAAUGCUACAACAUUCUCGGCUCAUUCAUCUGUCAGUGCAAUCAAGGAUAUGAGCUGAGCAGUGACAGGCUUAACUGUGAAGACAUUGAUGAAUGCAGAACCUCAAGCUACCUGUGUCAGUAUCAGUGUGUCAAUGAACCUGGGAAAUUCUCAUGUAUGUGCCCCCAGGGAUACCAAGUGGUGAGAAGUAGAACCUGUCAGGACAUAAAUGAGUGUGAGACCACAAAUGAAUGUCGGGAAGAUGAAAUGUGUUGGAAUUACCAUGGUGGCUUCCGUUGCUACCCGCGAAAUCCUUGUCAAGAUCCCUAUGUUCUAACAUCAGAGAACCGAUGUGUUUGCCCAGUCUCAAGUGCGCUGUGCCGAGAACUUCCCCAGUCUAUAGUCUACAAGUACAUGAGCAUCCGAUCGGAUAGGUCUGUGCCGUCAGACAUCUUCCAGAUACAGGCCACAACCAUUUAUGCCAACACCAUCAAUACUUUUCGGAUUAAAUCUGGAAAUGAAAAUGGAGAGUUCUACCUAAGACAAACAAGUCCUGUAAGUGCAAUGCUUGUGCUGGUGAAGUCGCUAUCAGGACCAAGAGAAUAUAUCGUGGACCUGGAGAUGCUAACCGUGAACAGUAUAGGAACCUUCCGCACAAGCUCAGUGUUAAGAUUGACAAUAAUAGUGGGGCCAUUUUCAUUUUAGUCUUUUCAAAGAGUCCACUAUAGGCAUUUAAAUCAGCCAAAGAAUAUUGUUACCAUAAAGCACUAUUUUAUUUAUAGACGUAUCUAGUACAUCUACAUCUAUAUGCCGUACACUCACCAGUGAUUCAAACAAUUACACCAUGGUAUAAAGUGGGCAUUUAAUCUGUAAAGAUUCAAAGUUUGUCUUUAUUACUGUAUAUAAAUUAGACAUUAAUCCACUAAACUGGUCUUCUUCAAGAGAGCUAAGCAUACCCUAGCCAAUGAAACUUGGAUUCUUUUCUGUCAAAGUGGAUCAAAGCAAUGAUUAUUUUCUGUGGUGCGUAAGGAAACUUAGCACAGCUCCACUGACAGUCUCAUAAGGAGGCAACCACCAUAACACUGAACAGCAUGCAAGUUCAAGAAUGAAUUUUUUAACUGCUUUUUAAGAAAAUGGAAAAAGUCAAUAAAGAUAUAUUUCUUUAGAAAAUGA